AUGGCGCAAUUUCACAACCACGAACUUGAAUAUAUAGUUGAUGACUACUAUGACACUACCGAUUUCGCUGAUAACCCUUUUGAAGACGAUGAAUCGCCACGCAGCGGUGGUGUUGAUGACUCUUUGGACUCGUACUUUGAGGAUGACUUCGAACUGAACAAAUCAAAGACUGAUACAUCGGCUCUGGAAGCUAGAAAUGACAAAGACAUUCAAGGUAUUCCGUGGGAGAGGCUCAAUUUUAGCAGAAGGCAAGUAUUGUGA